AGAAUUUAAAGACAAACUUACGGAGUAAAGCUAAAAAAAAACAUGCUUUAAUACAAUUCGUUUGCUAAAACCAUGUUUUGUAAUUUAUAUAGUAUCAUUGUCAAUGGUGACAAAAGUAUCCUUACAGCAAAUGAAAUCAGACACCAAUUGGAGUCUUAUUUUGACUUUGAUACAGAUUCAUUAAAACAAAAACCUUAUAAAAAAAUUAUUAACACAAUGAUCGAUGAAAUCAUGUUGGAGAAUAAUGAUGAGCAAGAAGAAGAUAAAAUGGGUUCUGAUUACGAAGAAAAUAAUAAUAAGAAAGAAGAAAUACAUUCUACAGAUAUAAAUAAGAAACGUAAAGCCAAUUCUAUUGAAACGGAUGAUUUUGAGGAGAGAAAAGAGAUGAAUGAAAGCGAUGAGGAGGAAGAGAAAGUAACUAGACUUAAAAGAUCGAAGCCUAAUAAAUCGAAAAGUAGAAUGGAUUUGGAUAGUGAAGAUGAAGAUAUAGAAGAGUCAACAAAUAGAGAAAGAGAUAACAAGAAGAGCGUAUCAGCUUCUUCAUUUUCUACGCAUUCAGCAAGUAAAGCCAAAACACCUACUAAAAAUGCUUCUACCAAAAGUACAGCUUCAAAAGAAUCCUCACCAGGAGUUCCUGAUUCGGAGAAAGUUAAAAGACUUAAACAUUUUAUUAACAAAUGUGGUGUUCGUAAAAUUUGGUCAAAAGAACUUGCUGAUUGCCUAACAGAGGCUGCAAAAGUUAGAAAAUUAAAAUCAAUACUUGAAGAGUUAGGAGUACAUGGAAGACCAACGUUAGAGAAAUGUGAAGCUAUUAAAGCCGAAAGAGAAUUAAAAGCUGAAUUGGACAGUUUAGAUACAAGUUUAAUUAUAGAUACAAACACUAAAGGAAGACCUAUCAGAUCAACUAGAUUAAGGAAUAGACAUCAAAACACAGUUUCUUACGCUUUAGACGAUGAAACUGAUAGUGAUGAUAGUAGUGAUAAAAAUGAAGAUAAAUUACAAAAGUCUAAAAAGAAGAGGCGAAAAAUGAUUGAUGAUGAUGAUGAUGAAGUAGAAGAACAAAAUAAUGUAACUGAAGAGGAAGAAAACGAAACGCAAGAAAAUGAGGAUAAGAAAGAGGAAGAUGAUGAUGAAGAAGAAGAAGAGGAGGAGGCUGAAGAAGAGGAGGAUGAAGAAGACUCAGAGGAUGAAUUUAGAGGCUCUUCCGAUGAAGAUGAUUAG